UCCCCAAAAAGUCUGACUCAUUUUCUUGGGGUCAAGGGGCUCUUGCUUUCCAGACAGCAGGAAAGAACACCGGGCUGAGAGUCCCGAGGUCAGCAUAUGAACCCUUUCUGUGACUGAAAAUGCCACUGUGUCUUGGGUCUCAGUUUCAUCACUCAUGAAAAAACAAAAGGUCAGCUUGCAAGUCUAAAGACCCUUCAGUGUCCCAACCAUCCAACCCCGAGACACCAGGAACAAACAGCCCUGCAGGCCUUCGUGCCUUUUCACUGAACACCUUUUCCACCUUUACACAUUACAUCACCUCCUAAAGAAAUAUGUGACUAUUGUCACUUUUUGCAGAUAAUUGGAGAGGAGGUGCCCAGGAUAGAUGACACCGAAGUUGGCAGCACUCUCAGGCUUUGGGAAUCAGGCGCGUCACCGACCUGUACGAUAUCUCCUCUCUGUCCUUGCUCUCCUUAAAACACUGACCCGGGGCCCCACUGCGGAGAAAUCUCCUAAGAGACGGCUGUCGGCGUCGCCUCUGCGCCCAAGAGGCGUGGAGCAAAGGGCGCGGGAGCUGAGCGCUGCGGCCACGCUCCCCGCGCAGAGCCGGGAGGGAGGGGCCGGAGGGGGCCGGGCAGCACCAUAGGCGGCGCGCAGGGUUCGCCGCGGCUCAGUCUCCUCUCGAGCCCAACCCUGGCCGGCGAGAGCGGUGGUGAGCGUGAGCCGGAGCCCGAGCCUCAGGUCCAGGAGGCGAAGGGCCGGAGAAGGCUGUGGACCGAAGCGCGGUGUGCGCGUCCUCCUGGCGGAUUCCGCAUAAAUGUCGAAAAUAUUUCCUGUGGAGCAUAAGAACCCCUGAUUGUGGAAGUGCCUCACAAGCACCAUUAACUAUAAAGUGAGGCCAAGUAUGCAAGACCCAUCUGGUUGAGUUUACAAUUUGAAGACUACUAUAUCCAUCAGAAGACCCAGGAUGCAUCUGCACCAAAGCACCACCAUCACUUUCUUUGAGAAAUGGUGUUCAGAUAAGUCACCAUCUGGCUGCAGGAGACAUUAUAAUGUCAGGAAAAAACUAAAGUUAAUUCGAAUCUUAGGCAUUUUCAUGGGUCUGGUAGCCAUUUGCACUGUCCCAUUUUCAAUCAGUGCCUUUUCUGAGACAGAAACCCAGAGCACAAGAAAGGCCAGUGGGGCAGGUGGCGCUAAGGUAGCACACGGUUACCCUCAGAGGACUCUCUUAGAUUUAAAUGACAAGAUUCGGGAUUACACUCCACAGCCACCUCUUUCUCAGGAAGGCAAAUCUGAGAACAGUACAGCUCAUCCCCAAGGAGACUACCCAAGAGACAUCUUUUCCCUCGAGGAGCGAAGAAAAGGUGCCAUUGUUCUGCAUGUCAUUGGAAUGAUCUACAUGUUCAUAGCCUUAGCCAUUGUCUGUGAUGAGUUCUUUGUUCCUUCUUUGACUGUCAUCACUGAAAAACUGGGCAUCUCUGAUGAUGUGGCUGGAGCCACUUUUAUGGCUGCCGGGGGCUCAGCCCCUGAACUUUUCACAUCUCUCAUAGGGGUGUUUAUUGCUCACAGCAAUGUUGGCAUAGGCACAAUUGUGGGCUCAGCAGUGUUCAAUAUCCUCUUUGUUAUUGGCAUGUGUGCUCUGUUUUCUAGAGAAAUCUUGAACCUGACAUGGUGGCCACUCUUCCGGGAUGUGUCCUUCUACAUUGUUGACUUGAUCAUGCUGAUCAUCUUUUUCCUGGAUAAUGUCAUCAUGUGGUGGGAAAGCUUGCUUCUCUUAACAGCUUAUUUUGCCUAUGUGAUUUUCAUGAAAUUCAACGUUCAAGUCGAAAAAUGUGUGAAGCAAAUGAUCAACCGCAAUAAAGUCGUCAAGGUGACAGCACCAGAGGCCCAAGCAAAGGUUGGUGGCAAUGAUUAUUUAUUUAAUGUUCUUCUUGACUGUAGUUCUGAAUUACUAUGUUUUUGA